AUGGCAACCGGUGGUGAAGAUGAAUAUGUUGCUCAACGUGUUCUACGCUUGACUGAUAUUCCAAAAGAACCUAAGGAUUUCCUUAUGCCCAUCAGUGGUUACGAAAAUAUGCCCAUUGUUUCACUUGAAGAAGCAGUUGAACCGCUCGUAUCUAUACUACCAAGAGUAAAAAGUUACGUACGUACGGCUAAAAACAAAUGUAAGCAGCCGGCUGACAAUUUGACACAAGAUGAAUCAGCUUCGAUCAUGCUCUAUUCAAUGGAAUGGAAGCCAAUGAAUGAAUGCCUUUAUUGUGCUUUGAAUGCUACUCUACGGUUAGAAAAUCGAACGAAACUUAAACCAUGGUUUCUCUUUCUUCGCCUUUUUCUUGGAGCAUUAUUUCGCCUUCCACCGAUUUCUCCAAAAACCGUGUAUCGAGGCGUCAAAUUGGAUUUAAGCGAACAGUUUAAAGAAGACGAAACAUUCAUAUGGUGGGGCUUUUCUUCCUGUACAACUUCCAUCAAAGUUCUACAAUCAGAACAAUUUUUAGGCAUGAACGGUGCAAGAACAAUGUUUACUAUUCAUUGCAAUUCAGCUAGAGAUAUCCGAAAACACUCGUAUUUCCCAUCCGAGGACGAAGUACUAUUGCUUGCUGCUACUGAAUUUCAAGUGAAAGGUAUUCUCAAUCAAGGUAACGAUCUUCGAACUAUUCAACUACAAGAAGUUCACUCCGAUGAACCAAUGCUCAUCCCAGUGUCGUGUACGAAUGAUUCUCCGCAGGAAGACCCACAACCAACAUUACCAGAAAACAAGGUAACAACUCCAGUAUUACCACCGCCAAUGUUUGGGAAGAUAACUGAACCUGAUGACCCAAACAAGGACUCGAAACAACCUCUCAUUGACGGAAACGGAGGAUUUGAAUCAGAGAAUAAAAACAAUAUUAAACAAUCUACUUAUCCACAAACAGGAUCAUGUUUAUUUCAUCGAAAAUCAAAAUUGAUUUUAAUUAUCAUUGUCGUUCUUAGCCUGAUAACUAUCAUUAGCAUUACAAUAUGGGUUAUUUCCAUUAAAAAAGCCGACACAACAAUGAAUGGACCAAAAUGGGGUAAAUGGAAACAAAAUGCCAUCACUAUGGCUGGUGGAAAUGGACAAGGACAAGAAUUGAAUCAACUUUACGGCCCUCAUGGAAUCUUUAUUGAUGAAAAGAAAAAUAUUUUCAUUGCUGAUACUUAUAAUCAUCGUAUAGUUGAAUGGAAACAUAAUGCAAAUGAAGCACAAAUCAUUGCAGGUGGAAAUGGCAAGGGAAACCGAAUGGAUCAAUUGAAUGAGCCAACAGAUAUGAUUGUUGAUCAACAAAAUCAUUCAAUUAUCAUUGCUGAUUCUUUGAACAGAAGAGUGAUUCAAUGGUUGAAUCAGAAGCAACAAAUUCUCAUCGACAGUAUUAACUGUUCUCGUUUAGCAAUGGAUAAACAUGGAUUUCUUUAUGUUUCUGAUCGGAAGAAGAAUGAAGUGAGACGAUGGAAAAUGGGAGAAUAUAGCUAUGAAGGAAUUAUAGUGGCAGGUGGAAAUGGUAAAGGGAAUAAACUCAAUCAACUCAAUUCUCCAGGUUUUAUGUUUGUUGAUGAAGAACAAUCUGUGUAUGUAUCAGAUAAAUACAAUCAUCGUGUGAUGAAAUGGAACAAAGAUGCAAAAGAAGGAAGAAUUGUAAUUGGUGGAAAUGGUCAAGGAGGAAAUCUGACUCAAUUGUCUUACCCUGAAGGGAUAAUUAUUGAUCAUUUGGGUCAAAUUUAUGUGUCAGAUUUUGGGAAUAAUCGAGUAAUGCGUUGGUGUAAAGGAAAAGAAGAAAGUGAAAUUGUUGUUGGUGGAAAUGGUCAAGGAAAUCAAUCAAAUCAAUUGAUUGGUCCCGGUGGUUUAUCUUUUGAUAACGAAGGAAAUCUUUAUGUUGUUGAUCAUUGGAAUUUUCGAAUUCAAAAAUUUGUAACAGUUUUGUGA